UUUCAAACAACAAUUAAAACAAAUGAGUGGAUCAAUUGCGUAGGCUAAAUCACAUGCUCCGAGUUUGAACUAUCAAGAUAAUUAAGAAAAUAGAAGCAAUACAUGAUAGUAGUUUUCAAGUUAAAUCCCUAAUCUAACAACGAGGCGUAGGAUGCAUAGAAGAUUACACCAAUUCCUACAAAUGACUAGGCUUGGCAAGAGCAAUUGAAGGCGCUUUCGUGAUUACAAUCACCCAAUGAGAAUUUAGAUUUAGAAGAAAUAAAAUGCAAGUGAAAAGGAGAACCUUUGCUUAAGGAGACGCGGCGAUCCUCCAAUCGAUGCCUUCGAGAUGCUCGUCAAUAGAUCCCGUCAUUCAUUGGUGCUUGGAAAUAAAAUCUCUGUGGUACAAAGGUACAACUCUCAAGUAGCGGCGAAGAGUGAGCUCCAAGUUUCCUUCCAAAAUCUGAAUUUGACCAUUUCAAAAAUCUGAAAUAAUUCUGAAUUUAUCUCAGAAAUCUGAGAGGAAUUCUCAGUUUGGGUGUAGAGGGAAGAUGAACUUGAAGUAGUGAGGGAUAAGGAAUUAGUCCACUAGGGAACCAAAGGUGGAGAGGGGAUUUGAGAGAGAGAGAUGGCAAUGGAGAGGGGCAGCGGGCUGAUGGAGGCGUGAAGUUUGAAUUCCCUAAAUUGAUUAAUUGAUCCAGGAAAUAAAUGCAAGCAUGAGGUGAUUGAGGAAUUCGGCCAAGGGGGAUAUUGGGGAUUUUGAAAUAUUUCCUAAGAGAGGUGUUGGUGUUACGAAAUAAUUUGAAAGGGAAUUAAUGGAGGAGAGCAUGGGGCCGGUGGCAUGCUUAGGUGAGGGCUUGAUUGAGGAGAACAAUUAAGGCUUCCUAAUUUAGGAUUUAGAAUUAGGAAAUAGUUAAUUUAAAUCCUCUUGAAUUUAAAAUCCAAAAUAGAUUUAAAUCACAUACUUUCCUAAAAUAGAAGAGCUAAUUUAGGAAACAAUUUGAAUUCAAAUUUUCUUUGGUGAAUUUGAAUUUCAAAUUACCCUAAUUAAUCCCACCCUUGAAUUAGGAAAUACCAUAAAGAGGCAAAGGGAUGGGAGGCCGGCGGCUAAUGCAAUGGGACGGCGGCAUGGGCUAUGGCCAGCGGUUAUGGGCUGUGGCCGGCGGCAAAGGGGCUUCGGCAAGGUGAGUUUGUGGUGUUUUGGGAAGGGAAAUGGUAGGGGCUAUGGCCGGCGGUGGGAAGUGGAAGGAGGAAGAUGUGCGUGGGGGAGGUGAUGACAAGAUAAAGAAAAGAAAAUAAGAAAAACCACGAACCCGGCCGUCUCCAAGGUUGGUGGGUGAUGCGCUAAUCUCCCUCUCCAAGGGAUCUCUCCAAAGCUCUCCAAGAACUCUCAAAGGCUCUCACAACACAAGUGUACAAAGAAAUUUCAAUAAUCAUUCAUUCGCUUGAAAAUAAAAUAAAGGGGCUUUAAAUAGCCUCAUACACAAGACUCUAACUGACAUGACACAAUUGCCCUUAGGCUUACACAUGACCAUUCUCAUACAAAGGGGUACAAAGGGAAAUAAAAUAAAUAUUCAUAAGCAAAUAAUAAAAUGCAUGAAAACAAAAUACAUCGACUCAAAAAUAUAACGACUCGAUCGUAGCUGUAGAUCGGCGGCCACGUCGCUGGUAAUCUCUCCAUGAUAAUCUGAUGUCCCCAUCAUAAAUGGUCAUAAUUAUUUGCAGUGGUCACAAUCUAUGUUGUUCAUUUGUGAUAAGGGAAAUGAUAUGUACCUCUUGGAAGCACCAGCCAUGCUAGAGUACAUAUAGAGGUUUCAGAAAGUGGAAGAUUGAAAAAUUCUAAUGUAUUUGCUGUAAAAAUUGUUUAGUCAAGUUGGCAAUGGUAGCAUUAUUGGGACAAGUUUGGUUGCUUAAAUAGAUUCACAUACUAUCUUCACUACUAAAGGAGGAGAAAUGAGGUCGUGGAUAGUUAACCCUGGUACUUCUAAUCACAUGAUAAGAGAUGCUACCCUUCUCCAAAAUUACAAGCCAAGUAGUGGUCAAUUGUCCGUCUGCAUUGCUAAUGGUUCAAAUUUUAAAAUUGUUGGAACAUGUUCCAUUGAACUUAUUAAAGAGUUGUAUUUCAACUAUGUCCUCCAUGUUCCAAACUCAGAUUGUGGCCUUUCAUCCAUUAGCAAAUUGGCUCAUGACUAUCAAUAUGUUACUAAAUUUUAUCCAAACUAGUGUGUUUUUUAGGACUUGAAAUCGGGGGAUGAUGAUUGGCAAAGCUAAAUAGUGCUCUGGGCUCUAUCUCCUCCCAUGAGAGAAAUUCUAAACCAACUUUCUCAAGCAAGUUGCAUCCAAUCUUAGAGUUUAUUAGAAUCUUUCAAUUUUAUGUCCAAUUCCAAUGUCCACAAAGAUAGUUAAAUUAUAUUGUUACACUAUCAUCUUGGUCAUCCCAACUUUGUGUAUCUUUCAAAAGUAUUUCUCAAAUUAUUUAUCAGUAAGAGUCCAAUAUCUUUUCAAAUCAUACUCAAACAAUAUAUCCUUAAAUAUCAUACAAACAUUCAUUUGUCUUUUCUUUGAUCCAUAAUUAAGUAAAUGCAUCAUCAUAUUAUGAAUUUAAUUGAAAUCACUCAUUUAUUUUAUCCUUGAUUGUGUGUUUUCUCUUUACUUUUCCCCAUGGUUCCCGUUAUCUCAUAAGCUAUAGCUAUGCAGUUCUCUAGAUAAUCCAAAAUCUCCAGACUUACAAGACUCCUUGGAAUUCCUCCAUCUAUAUUUCCUUCUGGGAUUUAUCUUCCAAUUAAAUUUCCUCAUAUUCUCUCCCUAUAAACCUAUGUCAAUCUUAAAAAUAAAAAACUCGUUUAAUCCUCUCACAAUUAGGAGUUGAACUUUAGGGAGAAAUCAAACAAUUCAAGAGAGGAAGAAUUGGACCACUAAGUACCACCCCAUCAUCAAGACCUCCAUCAAUAAUGCUUAAAGAUCUUUUUGGAUCAGCCUUAGCAUCGAAAGCAGAUAAGAAUUUUAUCUACCCCACACUCUUAACUGUUCAAAAGUGUCCUAAAGAUUCAAACAACUCUAUUUUUCAAUCUAGAUAAUAUAAAGUUCAGCGGUGCAUUAAAGUUCAAGACAUGGUCAAAGAAUUUGGUUCAUUAAUUUACAAAACAAUUUCAAAAAAGUUCCUUGAUAACUGACCACCCAAUACUUCAAUAUGAAAUGAAUUCUUUAAGAUGCAACAAUCAUUGGAAUAAAGCAUGAUCAUGAAAAUAUUCGUAAUAUAAGGAACUAUUAAAAGAGAAUGCUGCUAGUCUCCCACAAAUAAUUACCAAACUUUCAAGAGCAUUCUUGAGCACACUUUGAAUUGCCAGGCAAUAAAAACAAAGUAGUUUAGCAAAUAAAAGCACUUGACAUGCAAAGAUACUCAAUUAAAUGAAAGAAACGUUAUAUAGAAAAAUUAUGAUUCUCGCAUUUUAUCAUCCUGUGGAUACUAUGUGCAAUAUUAAUAUGACGGUAUACAUUUUGCAGUUAAUUUUGAUAAAAAAAGGAGGACGGGUGACCUAUUCAGGACCAUUAGGUCAAAAUUCACAGAAAGUCAUCGAAUAUUUUGAGAGAAUUCCAGGCGUCCCAAAAAUUAAAGAUAACUACAAUCCAGCAACAUGGAUGCUUGAAGUUACUUCAGCAGUUGUUGAAGAAAAGCUUGGCAUAGAUUUUGCUCAUGUUUACAAAGACUCUUCUCAUUAUUGGGAUGCAAAUGAGUUGAGUUUAGGCUUUAUCGAGUUUGGCUUGUCAGUUAGAAAGCAAGCUCGAACUCGAGUUUGUCCCACUAUAAAUGAGCUCGAGCCGGCUCGCAAGCCGGCAAUGAAUGUGACUUGUAUUCCUAAAUUCUAUGUUUUGCUUAGGGAUAACAAAAGGCUAGUUGAACAGCUGAUUAUCCCACCACAAGGUUCUAGUGAUCACCAUUUCAUUGAAUCAUUCUCUCAUAUCAGAUGGCUACAAUUUAAGACAUGUCUUUGGAAACUAUCAUUGUCCUAUUGGAGAAGUCCAACAUAUAACCUGUGUUUUAUUUGUAGAACAAAUGAGCAAGACCUUUUCAGUAUACUGGGAUCAAUGUACCUAGCCAUGAUGUUCUUGGGCAUUAAUAACUGCUCAUCAGUUUUACAAAUCAUAGCAAGAGAGCGAGCUGUUAUGUACAGAGAACUGUGUGCUGGAACUUACUCAUCCUUUAUGUACUCGCUCGCGCAGGUGAUAGUCGAAAUUCCUUGCUUAUUCAUCCUAGCAACAAUAUACGUACUUAUUACUUAUCCAGCAGUAGGUUACUACUGGUCUGCUUCAAAGAUCAUGUGGUAUUAUUACAUAGUUUUCUGUACGCUCCUCUGCUUUAAUUACCUUGGGAUGUUGAUAAUGUCAGUAAGCCCCAAUAUUCAAGUAGCUUCGGUUCUGGCAGCUGCAACUUACACAAUUCUCAACCUAUUCUCCGGGUUCUUGAUACCCAAACUGCGUAUUCCGACAUGGUGGAAAUGGCUAUAUUACAUUUGCCCAACUGCGUGGUCAUUAAAUGGUUUGCUUACUUCACAAUAUGGUGAUCUCACCAACGAAAUGAUGGCAUUUGGGAAAACCACAACAGUUGAUGCAUUCCUGAGAGAUUACUAUGGAUUUGAUCAGGACCAAUUGAGCAUAGUGGCAAUAACAAUGGCUUAUCUUCCUCUUGUUCUUGCCUCUCUUUUCUCAUGUUGUAUACGGAAAAUAAAUUUCCAAAGAAGGUAGUCAUAUAGUAUAUAUGAUGUUCAAGGGAAAAGUCGUGUUCAAAGAGAAGGGAAUCCCCAUGUAGGCUGGCUUGCAAAUCAUCCAUUAGUUGAGGUCAGUUCUUUGUAAACGCAUAGAUCAACAUCACUUGUGAAUGCUGAAGCUUGAGUACUAUGUAUUUUAGAGAGUAUUAUUAUUAUAGUUAUCUAAGUUAUAUGCUUCCAUAUAUCACAAAAAUUGGUCAUGUGCAAAAAUGAGGUGCCGAUCACCACCACUGGGCUAACAACUAAGGCUUUGAAAUAAAGACAAGAUCAAAAGUUAAUUCAAAAUUUUGAGUGCAAACCAGAUCAAAGAUAGUUGGAACUGCAAUCACUACAUCAGAAGGCAUUUUUUUAUUGAUUGAAUGCUCCCCACUAUCAUGAUUGCCAAGAGAUUUUUGUGAUUAAAUGCUCCCCACUAUCCUAAUUGCUAGGAUAUUUUUGCAAUUUUAGGUGUGCCUUAAGGCAUAAAUAGCCUAAAGAUUAAUAGGUAUUUUCAAAUACACAUGAAUUGCUAAUAAACUUUCCUUAGUUGAUAAGAACUAAAUUAGCAGUAAGGAUUGGAUUUUUCCAAAGAGAACAGGAAGAAUGAAUCAUCCUAAAUAUUAUGUGUUAUCUGUUGACGAUACAAAAAGAUCUCUUUUUUAAUCGUCUUUUGUUCACUUGAGUAAAGCAAUAAUUCUUAUGAUAAUUCCUUUAUUCCAUGAAGAAAGACUCAAUUUAUCCCUAAGCAUUGAAGGCCACUAGUCAGCAAACCAAGUGUACCUCAUUGGGAUCUUUCAUCAAAAAUAUAGUCCUUUCUUCCACAAGUUUUGGAGGCACCAAUUCCUCCCUUUAAGUUGUUGAAAUCUUGACCAGAUCCUUUUCCAUCCUAUCAAGUGUGAAGUGCAGGUUUUGCAUCUGUGACAACUGCCAUCUUCAUGAAUCUAUCAUUUGUCUUUCCUUCAUGCGAACACAGCUUGCGAAGAUACCAGAGAUCAAUCAUUAGCCUUUUUUUUCUCUUUUACUUCUUCUAAUCGUAUGACCCACAAAGCCCAGUCUCACAACCAUCAUUAUACUUCUUCUAACAUUAGCCUUAGCAUACCCACAUAGUUCUUAUCACCUUACUCAUGAAUAUUUUCCCUCCUUGGCAUGACAAGAAAAAUAAGAAGAGUGAGAAUAGGCUCACGGUCGAACCGUUGUCCUUGCCUGCCCGUCUCGCCUCACCCGCCCGCUGCCUAUAGACACCUCACCUUUGUGGCUUGGCCCCUGUCCCACAUGUCACGCCUCAAUAUCAGGUUUGACUUGAUCCCGACCGACAACUUGUUUUUGACACCCAUACAUAUUGCCCUAUCUACCUCACAAAGUAAAACACAAAAUUUACCUACAUGCGAGCUGAUAGCAUGAAAUUUGAGACACACAAGGAACAAAAAUUUUCUACAAGGGGUUAAUCCAAAUAUCUAUUUUAUCUUUUUAUGUUAUCUUAUCUUAUUUAAUUAAAAAUAACAACUUCCAAAAAAAUCUUAAUAAAAUCUAUUGCAUCCUUACCCAACUAAUCCCAAUAUCUCGGCCUCAUACACCUCGGUACCGCAUAAAAUCAUGUUCUGAUCCCAUCUCAGUCUGAUUGUAAUUGAAAAAACAAAACAAAAAAAUCCCAUCUCUCUCAAUCUCUCCCCCACACUAUCUCACAUAGACCUCCACUCUCAAUCCACAACUUCUCUCAAGUGACUUUAACUCAAGCCUGCCCGCUCUCUCUCGCCUCCCCUGCUACCCUUCACACAAACCCCUCUCCUUAGCUUACAUCCAUGUCCCUUCCUCCUACAGCUUGUUUAGCUCUCAUUUCAACCUCUCCGGCUCACUUCUCCAUCUAACACUUUUACCAAAAACCCUUUAUAGCAAAAAGUGAGGAAACUGUGAUGCACACUUGUUAAGGAGGCUCGACAGGGCUUGACAAAACUAAUGUCUCUUGAUGAAAUUGAAGCAAGGAGUCACAAUAACAGUGUGUGGAGUCACAAUGUCCACUUAUGGAGUUCUCUGUUGCCAAGGAUGCCCAUCUCCAAGCGCUUCUUAAAAUCUCCCACAAGGCCACAAGCACAAUAAGGAAUGGCAAAAUGAGCUUGAAUCCCUAUAGAACUGUUGACCUUUGCAUAAAAUCCAGAAGAAACAAAAUUAAAAAUCCUGCAUACAUAAACUCUUACCCGUCGGAUCCAAGGAUUCUGUCGCGAAUCACGCCUAUUCGGCGUCGUUUGCAGUCAUCUCCCAGAAAUCCUGCCCAAAUCCCGCAUCUCUCCUCGAUCCCGCUCCUUCUUCCGCCUUUAAAAUGCGAACGAAGUGUUCGUUCAAGGGGACCCUUCUCUCGUUCACUCGCCUCCCACAACUGAAUCCCUCCAAGCUUCCCGAACUACUCCCGACCUCCUCUUCUCAACUCCAUACGAAACCUCUGCUCCGGCUGAACUCCCUCUGCCCGACAUCCAACCUCCCGAUCUCCUUCAGCCGAGAGAGAGAGAGAGAGAGAGAGAGAGAGAGAGCCGAAGCUCCCCUACCUCAUGCCGACUGCCCUAUCCGAGCCCUUCUCUGCCUCCUCCUUUGACGUUCUCCCUUCUUGUUGAAUAGGAUGUUACGACAUUUUAAUCGGAGGCAACACAGGGAGCUCGCUGGUUGAAGGUAUCUUUCUCCCUUUCUAGCGCCUCUUCAGCCAAAUCCCGUAAAUAUGUUGAGUGGAAAGGGGGAGAAAAUUAAUUUAUUUUAAUUAUAAAUUUUAAUAUUUAUAAUUAAUUAUAGUUAAGAAAUUAAUUAUUAGUAAUUAUUUUUAAUU